ACAGCGACGACGCACUGUGCUCAGUGCUAAAACAACUUGUGCGUGUUGUCUGAAGAGUCAUUAUUGUUUAAGGAUGCGUGAUAUUUGGGGGUCAGUAAGAAGGUCUCAAUAAGGUAAAUAGCCUUAAACAAUAAACCUAGUAAUUUUAUGCACAUGAAUCUCUAGUGUAAGCCUAUAUUAUUUUCGUCACGGGCAAGUUGAAGUUGUUAAAUCGGUGGAUAUGAUGGGAGACAGCAAUGAGAGCGGCGUACUGAACAGAUCCAUCAGUGAUCGAGAGCGCUUCAAAAGCUUGGAAGACAUUGAUGUGACGGCCGAUGAAAGCCUAGUGCUGAGGUUUAUAAUCUCCAUCACUUACUCCGUUGUUUGCGUCGUAGGUUUAAUCGGGAACCUGCUGGUCUUCUUCUUUAUUCGCGUGACACAAGAGACACGCAAAUCAAAAAUCAACUAUUUUAUCCUCAAUUUGGCCGUAACGGAUUUUCAGUUUGUGCUAACUUUGCCUUUCUGGGCCGCGGAUACCGCACUGGACUUCAGCUGGCCGUUUGGAGACGCCAUGUGUAAGAUCGUACUUUCGGUGACGGUGAUGAACAUGUACGCCAGUGUCUUCUUUCUGACCGCCAUGAGCGUCACUCGGUACUGGUCAGUGGCAUCGGCGCUCAAGGACAGCACCAGACAAACCAGUUGCUCCAUCAAGUGGGUCAGCGUCAUCCUCUGGUCUCUGGCUACCGUAGCCACAGCGCCAACAUCCAUCUUCUCAACAGUCAAUAACGUGGCCGGCGAAAAACUUUGUUUAUUGAGAUUCCCUGACGGACAGCACUGGUUGGCGGUCUAUCAUCUCCAGAAAAUACUGAUCGCGUUUGUUAUACCCAUGGCAAUAGUUUCAGUUAGUUACCUGCUGCUGUUGAGGCUCAUCAGACAGCGCAGCAUGAAGCAAAAUUCAAAACGACGAACGCAAGUCACAAAGUCCGUCACCAUUGUGGUGCUGUCGUUUUUUCUCUGCUGGAUGCCCAAUCAUGCCAUAACGUUUUGGGGCGUGCUGGUCAAAUUGAAUGCAGUGCACUGGGAUAAAGCUUACUAUAUCGUCCAUACCUAUGUAUUUCCAGUGACUGUGUGCUUGGCGCACGCAAACAGCUGUUUAAAUCCACUUAUUUACUGUCUCAUGAGAAAAGAGUUCAGGAAAAAAAUUAAGGACCUGUUUCUGCGGGUCUGACUGUGUUGCACUUGACUUCAUGCUCCUCAAAAGCAAAAGAAAAAGAUGGUAUUUCUAUUAACAGUACGGUGACUGUGAAAUAAUAUAACUGCUUGUGUCAUAAUGUAUUUAUGCCGCUAUAUUUCAACGUUGUAUUAUGUGUGAAACUCUUCCAAGUGUUUCCCUAUUAUUGCAGUAAAGUACAUUGCCUAUAAUAAAACCACAACAAAUUGAAUUUAGUAAAAAAAAGGGAAUGUAUUUUCCCAUUCAAUUACUGUAUGCCAUUUACUUUUGAAUGGCAAUUGAAUCUAUUACACUCUCAGAAAAAACAGGUGGUACCUUUUUAAAAGGUCCAUUUUGGUACAGAUAUGUACCUAUUAGUACAAAAGUGUACUUUUUGAAAAGGUACCGCCCCGGUGACAACUUUUGUACCUUCUUGUACCUUUAUUUCUGAGAGUGUAUAUCUGAUAUUUGUUAUACAAUUCUUUAAUUCUCAUGCAGAAUAGAAAAGUAAAUCCUCACAAACAAUUUGCAGUUAUUUUAGAUUAAAAUAAUAAUGUGACACUGUCUGUGAAAUCCAGGCUUAAUACUUUUAAUCUAAUUAUGAGUUUAGGAACAUUCAUUGAUUUCACAGUGAUGUCAAUCUUUGACAUGACCUUACUCAGUCAAUAUUAAUAGGCUAUUUACAGAAUGUCCUUUACAUUGUGUAUGAUUUAUGAAAACAGUGAAUGGAAAAAAAAACUUUAGCUGGAUUUUUACAGACUGGGUCACAAACAAUAUGGACAUUUACAAACUUUAUUUCAUUAGUAAUUGGAAUACCAACUAUCCAGUUGUAUGUCCAAUUUGUUGAUUUCCUUUUCUUUCAGUUGCGUUAUCUUUAUCUCUUCCAGGGGACCACAAUCUGGUUGUAAAUUGUAAAUGAUUAUACUCUCACCAUGUGUUUCCAUAUACGUCCCUAUCAGUUUUGUGUCAUUUCCAGUUACUGACACACACUUAUAGGCGCUUGAGAUACCACCAUCAUUUCUGUGAAUACAAAUACAUCAGGCUAUUUAGAAAUAUGUUUCAUUUUGUCAGGCAUGGCCAUAUCAGUCUGCUUGCACACAUCCAAAUAUGUUACAGUAUCUUUAAGAAAUAACAGCUUUGCGGCAUCAUGCGGUUAAUUAUCCAUAAAAAGGGCAGUUGGGUUCGUAACUGAUGUCAGUGCUUAACGUCUUGUUAAAUUUUGGUUGCUUUAAAUCACUUGCACAGAGAGCUAAUGAUGGUCAUUUGCGGGGAAAUUGAAAAUUAAAAAAAGACAGUACAUCUGUUGCUGUUUACAGUCAUACACACACAGGAAGCCUUUAAUGGAUACUCCGCUUAGAGGUGUUGUUCUUGAUGAUUUUAUGUUGGUUAUGAUACGUCACAUGGCCACGAGCAACGAUCUGGUCAAUAGUAAAUCUUUUUAUAUACAAAUAUUUUCCCACCCAAGGCCAGACCAAAGGUGGCAGUAUUCUGUAGAAAGAAAAUGAAUAUAUGCCUGUUUGCUGGUGUCAUUUUAUAUGUGGAUGAAAUGCCAUUUAAAUACUUGUUUGCAUGAUUAGGAAAAAAUGCAUGAAGGUGCUGUUUGUGUACGCAUGAUUGAUAAGAAUUUAUUAUUACUACAGAAUAACCACUGGUACUACAAAAUUUUAUUGUAACAGGUACAUUCCCUUUCAGAUGUACAGUAUAAACUUUUGUUCUCUUUAAGACCUUUCUCCAGAUUUUGACUAUACUACAGUACUGUUCUGUGUAAAUGCAGGCUACUAGUUUGCCUAUGGAUAUUUGUCAGUAUUAUAAAACUCACUGUGUUGUA